AAUGGUUAGCAGAUUAAGAAAAUGUAGAAAAAUGAGAGGACAUGUUUGUCAUGGUUAUGGUAGAGUUGGUAAGCAUAGAAAACAUCCAAGUGGUAGAGGUGUUUCAGGAGGUUUAACACAUCAUAGAAUCAAUUUCAAUAAAUACCAUCCAGGAUAUUUCCAAAAAGUACAUCUGAAUAUUUUAAUCAUAGACUGGAAUGAGACAUUUUCAUUUAAAAAAGAACUAACUACAUAAACCAGUUGUUAACAUUGACAAAUUAUGGUCACUUGUUACUGAUGAAACCAGAGAAAAAUAUUCUAAAUCUAAAGAUAAGGCUGCAGUGAUUGAUGUUACUAAGGCAGGUUAUUUUAAGGUCUUAGGUAAGGGAAGAUUACCAAAUCAACCAGUUGUGGUUAAGGCUAAAUUCUUUAGCAAAACUGCAGAAAGAAGAAUUAAGGCUGUUGGUGGAGCAUGCAUACUUGUUGCCUGAU